AUGGCUGAGCUCGUCCCUGCCAAUGCAUGGGAUACGCACAUCCAUGUCUUUGACCCCGACACCUUCCCUUAUGCCGUCCCGCGGUCGUAUAGUCCCAAAGCCGCCCAGAUGGCCGAAUAUCCCACGGCUGUGACGGGCUGUCGGAACAUAGUGAUCGUCCACGCCUCUAUGCAAGGCGUCUCCCCGGCCCCUCUGGUCGAUACCCUCUCCAAGCAGCAGCAGAUGCCCGGGUACACUCUGCGAGGCCUAGCGACGAUUGACCCCUACACCAUCACAGACCAAGAGCUCGACGCGUUACACGCGGCGGGAGUGCGCGGUGCCCGUUUGCACGAGAUGGCCUGGGGCCACGGCAAGCAGAGUGGAGGCAGCGACAUCAUCAAGAAGGUGACUGCCCUGGCCGACCGGCUGGCCCGGUUGGAAUGGGCCAUUGGGAUCUUCUGCCCCAUUAGUGCGUGGGCAGCCAUGGCAGACACGAUCCGCAACUUGGAUCCCCGGAUCCAAAUGGUGGCCGAUCAUUUUGGGGGCACGUUCCCCGGGGAGGAGGAUUCGCCCGAGUUCGCCACGUUCCUGGGCCUGAUCCGGGAAAAGAGGGUGUGGGUGAAGGUGUCGGGCUUUGAGCGUCUGUACCACGGACACGCGAGCGGGAUGCAGGCCAUCGAGCCGAUUGCAAAGGCUGUGAUCGCGGCAGGUCCGGAUCGGAUUGUCUUUGGUACGGACUGGCCGCAUACGCAGCUGGGGGUGACGCGCAAGGGCAAGACGGACCAGCAGCGUUUGGAGGAGGUCGAGGGCUUCCGGGAGGUUAACGAUACCGAGCAUAUCCGGACGUUGCGUGAAUGGAUCCCCGACGAGGAAACCUGGCAGAACCUGUGGGUCAAUAACCCUGCUCGGCUAUUUCAGUAG